CUGGGAUCUUACUUUACAUGGAGAAAACAAGACAGAGUUUCAAAUGUUCCUUUUUCUGAAAAUAUCCCUCAAAAUCCACUUUUGCUGAUCAUAGAAAAAUCUAAUUUCCCUCUAUUUGCAGCUCUUUUUUUGAUGAAGAUAGGAAAAGAAGACAUUGGUAGCAAAUCAACAGCGAUGCUACAGAAAUUAGCGGACAACAUCGUCAAAGGAAGAUGUCUGGACUUACAGAAGAACAGAAGAGAAGGAUUGAAGAAAACAAGAAGCGGGCUUUGGCUAAACGUGCUGUAAAGGUUGCACAGCAGCAGCAAUGUCCUCCAUCUGGAGCACAACAAACGCAAUCGGUGAAACCUUCCACAUACGUUGCGCCAUCCAAUCAAGCUUCUACAAAUUGGAAUGGAGUUGGGAGAGGUCAGAGUUCAAAUUCUUUACUCAAUUCAGGGAAAGGCCAAGGUUCAGGGUCAAAUUUAGGACAAGCCAAAAGUCAGAGUUCAAAUUCUCACCAAACACAAUUUAAGGCUGGAGGUCAAAGUUCAAAUUCUCCUCUAACACAACCAAGGACUGUGUUGGGAGGUAGUGGAUUCCAAGGCAACUACAAAAACACUACUUCUUCCCUGACCAGGAUGAUAAAUUCUUCCAGUGCACAACAGAUUCAUCAAGGUUCCAACACCAGCAGCCAUAAGAAUAACACUUUUAGUGGAAGUUUUACUUCACAAAACAAAAAUACAAAUAGUCCAGUUAUUUUGAAAGUGGGAAACUCUUCCUCCAGUGGGAAUGUGUCCAAUUCAGUCAGUUCCAGGACUUGCAUUACCGGGAACUCUGGAACAACAACAACAGGCUGUAAAACCACCCCUAGCCCUAUUCUUCCAGCACAGCAGAAGCCAACUCUCACCCCAGGCUGCCCUUCCAGCAGUAGUGAUGUGAACAGGAACACUUCCCAAAGCAGUUUCUACAAGAGUUCUGCAUCACAAAACCCAGCUCAGCACAAUAAAUUUCAAAAUAAAACAGGUGUUGCAUCUGAUACUAACAAAGGGGUGAAGAGUAUCCCACAGUCUGCUCUAGCUGCAGCAGUGACAUCAGACGAUUCUUUUUUCAGUAAGAAGAAGACUGCAGCAGUGAAGGGGUCUGCUGUGUUGAUAUCAAGGGACAGGUUUGUCUUGAGCAUUGGGUAUUGCAGCCCCCUUGUGGAGAUAUGUAAAACUAUGAAGACAAGACAAUAUGAUUCCAUAACCAAAAGAUGGGAUUUCAAAUUACAAGAAUAUGAAGAAUUAAUGAGGAGAGCCAGAGUUCUAAUGCAGCAAGGGGUGAUAGAACUGGAGGGUCUCCCCCAACCUCUCCUCCAGGCUUUUAAACCUGCCUGCCAAGGGAAGAUUACAGACAGACACGUGCCGAAUGCUGACUUGACAUGUGUGCCUGACACACUGACUGGCUCUCUCAUGCCUUUCCAGAGAGACGGAGUGAAUUUUGCCAUCUCACGGGAAGGACGUGUUAUAAUAGCAGACGACAUGGGUCUUGGGAAAACAAUACAAUCCAUAUGUGUGGCUUGUUACUACAGGAAGGAUUGGCCCCUCUUGGUUGUGGUGCCAUCUUCAGUCAGAUUUGCAUGGUCCGAGCAACUACAAAGGUGGAUCCCUAAUCUCAACCCAGAUGACAUUAACGUAGUGGUUACUGGUAAAGAUGAUGUCACUGCUGGGAAAGUUGUCAUUGUCAGCUAUGACAUGAUGACCAAAAAGAAGAAUGAUCUACAGCAUGUAGGAUUCAAGGUGGCCAUUUUGGACGAAAGUCACUUUUUGAAAAAUUUCCGUACAGCCAGGUGCCAAGCAGCACAACUGAUUUUGAAGGUAUCCAAACGUGUGAUUCUCCUCUCUGGGACACCUGCGUUAUCUCGCCCCGCAGAGCUGUACACCCAGCUGAGGCUGGUCAAACCUCAACUCUUCCCCAACUUCCACCUCUUUGGUCUGCGAUAUUGUGAUGGUAAACAGAAUAAUUUUGGCUGGGACUACAGUGGAUCCUCUAAUUUGCCUGAGCUUCAACUUCUUUUGGAAGAAACCAUAAUGAUCAGACGCCUGAAGAAGGAUGUGUUACAGCAGUUACCUGCUAAGAGACGGCAGAUGAUAGUUUUGGACCCAGAGCUUGUGAAGAUUGACAAGAAUCUCAAGUCUUCUGCAAAGUUGCUGGAUUCAAACAAAAUCAAGGGGUCUGACCGCCAUGGUUUUUUAUUGACAUAUUUCCAUGACACAGGACAGGCAAAAGUGAAGGCUGUCAGAGAUUAUGUGAUCGACCUACUGGAAAGCGGCCACAAGUUCCUGGUGUUUGCUCACCAUAAAGAGGUGCUAGAUGCCUUAGAAGAGGCAGUGAGGAAGGAGGGGUAUGGCUACAUUAGAAUUGAUGGGAAGACUAACCCAGAGCAGCGUAACUUUUUCUGCCAGAAAUUCCAGACCCACGAUGAUAUCAUGGUUGCCAUAUUGUCCAUCACUGCCGCCAAUGCAGGUCUCAACCUCACUAGCGCUGCCCUGGUGGUGUUUGCUGAACUCUUCUGGAAUCCAGGAAUUCUGGUUCAGGCAGAAGAUCGCUGUCAUCGUAUUGGACAGCAAGACUCAGUCAACAUUCACUAUCUGGUGGCACGGAAGACUGCAGAUGAUUAUAUUUGGCCUCUAGUACAGAAGAAGCUGUCAGUGCUGGGCAAGGUUGGUCUAAGCAAGGAGGACUUUUCUGAGGCUGACACUACAGUACUUAAGGACAAGAAACAGAAAGAUAUCCUCUCCUAUUUUGAAGAAUCUUUCAUGGAGGAAAGUGACAUUCCAGAGGUUCAAGACAAUGUUACUGCCAUCAACCAAACUGUGGCAUCUUCAUCCAAUCAAAAAUCUGAACAUCCUGGAGGUCAAAGAAGCAUGCUACAGUUUGUAUCAAAUGGCAGCAAGGAGAGCACUGCAAAGGGGGAACAGCUGGCAGCAGAGAGGCUGAAGGAGGAAGGAAAUGUAAUGAGUGUGGAAGAAGAGCUAACGGGUGAUUGGCUGGACGAACUUGACGAAGAAUGGGACGAACCUGCAGAGAAAAAAGUGAAAGUAGCCCACAGCGAAAGGUGAACAACUGGCAGCCUAAGGACAGAACCAGGAAAUAGGGCAGACGGGUCUUGAAAAUAUCACAUUAAUGAUGCAGUGUAAUUAAGGAGGCUGGCAACAUAUCUGUAUGUUAACUUAAAGAUAACAGGGGCCUUUGGAGUAUUCAAGGAGGGCAGAGAUGUUAACACAAACGUUAUCAUGGAAUGGGUUUCCUUGUCUCCUCUGGA